CUUAACGGGAGGGCCGGCGUCGGCAGCGCGGCGGAGCCUCGCAGGAGCGGGAACUGUUCCUCCGUUACCUCCCUCACCUUGGGCGGGCAGUGCCCCCCGCCCGCUGCGACGGGGCCCUCCCGGCCGCCAGCCGUGAGACCCGCGGCGGGGCCCCCUCAGCCCACCGUGGCCUCCGCCCGCUUGGUGCGGAGCCUAGCGGGGAGACCCGCGCUGUGCCCCGGCGCUACAGGUCGGGGGAGGCCGAGGUGGCGGCCCGGUCGCUGCCGUUGAGCCGCCCGGGGACCCGCUUUAAGGGCAACGGCCGCGGGUAGCGGCAGCGCGCCUCGGCGCUGUCCGUGUGGCAGUGAGGGUACGGCGAGGAAAAAUUGGAUGGCUGAGUGAGAACUGGUUGGUUGUUCAGAAGAUCCAAGAUCGUGGCUGAGGAUUACAACAUGUCUAAAGAAAUGCAAGAGCUACAGAAGCAGUGGCACUCCGUGGUGCAGUCCAUCCACAGCAACUCAAAUGUUGUUGCAUUUAUGAAUUCUCGUGUUGGCCAGUAUUUAGAUGACCACCCUUUUGUUGCCUUGUCACUCCUGAUGUUUAUUGCAGUGUCUGCUAUUCCCGUUGCAUUUUUCCUGAUUUUUGUUGUUACAACAGCCAUAAUGGCCUGUAUCGGUGUGAUAGUUAUGGAAGGUGUUGUAAUAGCCAUAGGUGGCAUAACCCUCCUUUGUGUGCUGUGUGGCCUGGGUGCGCUUUCACUGGGAGUUUCUGGGGUACUGAGUGUUUGUUACAUCGUUCUUUCGUCUCUGGUCAACUACUGGUAUGCUUCAAGGGGUCAGAUGAAGCAAGAAGUUAAUGGAAGUUUGCCACAGAAGAGUCCUUCUGUCUUAGAUCUUUCUGCCAAUAAUGGAAAGAAUGAAUAAGUGGGUUUCUCCACACUUCCUUCGUAGGCACUUACUGUACUACUCUGACCUUUGCAAUGUAAUUGUUUACUCGUUGAGCAUUCAACCUUUGUGCACUCCUUAUGGGAACUGAAAAAAAAAAAAAUCAAUGUGCACCUUACAUUGUCACUGUAAAACUCAUAUUAAGAAUUACCAUUAAGCAGCAGUGCAUUGCAAUAUUAAGUCUAUGUGCAUAAUGGAAUGUUCCACAGCAUUUGGUAAAGGGAUGUAAUAAUAACAGCUACUGUUAAGUCGGUGACAAUUAGGUGAAAGAAAGGGUAGGUAGGUGUUUGACUUCCCAUUUGGUACUGGAGUUCUGGAUGUACUACCGGUUGAAAUCUGUAUGCAGCAGUUGGUCAUUUUGAUACGUAAGUGUCAAAGCUCAGAACACCAGAAAUGUUUUUUGAAUGUUAAAAAAUAUUUUUAAGCCUUAACAGCCUUUGUUAAAAUAGUAUGAGCAUACCAUGCUAAUGCUUUAUUAUAAGAGGAAAAUUGGGUUUUAUCAUAAGUUAUGGGAUAAGCUUUUUAUAUACCUUUAGAUGUUGCAACAUUCUGAAGGGAUAUUUUCCUUGUUCUCAUUGCCUCAUCCCAUCAAUGGUAUGCAACUAGGUCUUGCUUUUUGUCAUGUUUGUUUAGGUAUUUAAAUGCCCUGGUUUCUUUCUCAGUUGUAACUCCUUGUAUAUUAUUUAAACUUUCUUCAUUUUUGCAAAUGCUUUAAUAUUUCUAAGCAUUAAUAAAGUAUCUAACUAUAUUAGUUUAAUAAAGUGCUGUUUGUUUAA